UGUACUGACACUUCCGAGUCUAGUGUCCUUGAAGGGGAUUUGAACUGAGGGACAGGCAAACAUUUGACUGGACAUGUCUGGAUUUCUUGCGGUACAAUUUUCCACAGAGAGAGGUGAGGAUUCAGUUCUCCAGGGUGACCAAAAACAAACAUGGCAACUUGUCUCUCAAGAAGACCUUAUUUCUCAAUCAAGGGCACACCUCAGCUCACAAACUUUUGACGGAUUUCCAUAUUGAGGAAGGAGUUUUCGAUGGUUUUUAAAGGUGUGUCUGUGUCUUCUUCUGUGUGUGUUUGGAAAACGUGGGGCCUUCUGUGGUGUUGGAUCUCUGUUUGAAAGAAUUGUCAGAUUGGACAGUUACUUUAGAAGGCCACGGGAUCCGCUGCCCUGUUCUGAAAGCUGAUUCAUGACUUCUGUUCUUAAACAGCUCCUGAGAGAUGCCUAUUGAGAUUUGCUCCCCGUCAUGAUUUGCUCUACAACCACCUUUGAUGGAAACUGAUUUAUUGGGACACUGGCUAGACACUCGGAAAGCAACGAAGAUGGGACUUCUUCAGAACCUGAGGACAUUGCACUAACAAAUGCCACGCUGAAGCCAUGGCUACUUGGGAAGGAACUCUUUUGUGUGAGACUUACCUCAACUGUUGGAUCUCCUCCUAGGAUGCUCCAGGAAAGGGUAUGGUAGGGAAUUCACUGCUGCCGAAGGGUGGUGGAUACCAUUUGUGACUCGAAUGCUAGUUGCUGGGGUCUGAACAUGAGCAAGGCCAGACACCACAAUGUCUCCAACUGUGAUGUCAGACAGUCACUGGUGGGCAAUGGGCUCCCAGCCAGUGAUUCGGGCUUUCUGUGUGCCAUUUGGGCUUCUGUGCAGAAGUCGGCCUCCGGGGAAGGCACAAGUUGUGUGAAACUCUGCCCUAACCAACUACUUCAAGUCACCAAGUAUCUGAGGGAGAUUGACGGAAAGUUCCAGAGUUUUCGGGAACUUUUCCAGCGAGAUGGUGUUAUACGCUCAGGCCCUGUUGAAGUUAAGCUGGCUAGCCUACUCCAGGCGGUCUCAUCUUUUCUCAGCAAGUACACAGCCAUGAACUGUAAAGCCAUCCAUCCAGCCACGGCUUCUCUCAUCUCCUGUGUAAACGGUCUCAAUAGUCAGGUUAAAGGAGCUGAAAACAAGAAACGCUACAGUGAGAUUUUCCGGAGUUUGGAUGCCCUAGAAAUUUCAAUUGGAAAUGCGGCAGUUGAUUUGUUUGCUGAUGAUACGGAGGACAACAGCACUGGAGACUCAAACACACAGCCGGAACAACUGCAGACAGAUCAAAGUUUCAAUGAGCAUGACAGAAAUUCAGAGGCAGAAGAACCAACAAACAUGUCAGUCGAAGAAGCGGAUGAGAAGCUGAUCAAAUGCGACGGGGGCGUGGAAGCGGCCCUGGAGUAUGCCAAGAUGUGGUGCAAAUACGUCAAGGAACUCCUGACCUGGGUGGACAAACGUCUCAAUUACGAGAUUGAAUUUGCAAAAAACAUUCUGAAGAUGGCUGAAAUGGGCAGAAAUGCCGUUAUCCAGCAGAGCAAUAUGCCCCUGCAGGAGCUGUACACUAUGGUUAUGGAGCAUGACAUCAAGAUGGGGAAUGUAGCUAUCGACACCGCUGGAAUUCUGCAGAUGAGAGAAUACUACAAGCCUCUUUGGGCCAAGAGGAAUGAAAUUGAGAAAUGGAGGAAGGAAUUCAAAGAUCAGUGGCUGAAGGAGAAGAAGAGGAUGAAUGACUCCUUGUCCUCCAUGCGCAAGUCCCGCCAACAUUACCUCCAGCGCUGCGAAGAUCUGGAGAAAGCCAAAGUGCUGAGCACCAGAGCGGAAGAAGAAUUCCAAGGCACCGCAGGCAGCGGCAACAAACAACUGGAGAAACGGCGUCGCUACCGAGAGGAGGUCCAGUUAAAGGCUCAGGAAUCAGAAGUCGUCUAUAGAACCUGCAUUUUUGAUGCCAACACUCGCCAGCAAGAGCUGAGGAAAGUCAGGGAGAGAAUUGUCUCCCACAUCCGCAAGCUAGUGUACCAGGGAGAUGAAGUUUUGACAAGGGUCACCUUGAGGAUGUUCAAGCUUCGGCAUGGCCAAGCGGAGCGAAUCCCCGAGGGAUACCAGAUCCUGACCGAGUUCUGCAAACCCUACAAGGUUGGCGAAAAAUACCUGGAGUUCAUUCAGAAGCUGCAGAAAAGAGAGUUGCCAGUAGAGGAGUACGCUUUUGAGGAAUUUAUACCCUCGGGAUCAAGGUCACCGUCCAGUGGCAGAAGAAAGAAUAUCCCGUAUUAUGGUCACAUCUCUUCAUCGGCUGCUGACCUCAGCAGCUCCUCCGAAGAUGCCUCUGGAAAACUGUCUUCUGUAAGCAGCGAGCAAAGUCCCAGCAAAUCCUUCUGCAGUGACACUGAGAGCCUGGGAGGAAGCACCGAGGGCCAGUCCAUGGAUUCCCCCGCCUCCAGUCCAGGUCACCGGAAGUUGCUGAAAGCUCCAUCCACUGGCACGGUGUCCUCCUCGGAAGACUAUGAAGACAGAGAUUUGACACAACCCUACGACAAUGAUCUCACAGAUGCUGCAUCUGAAAAUGGCUUGUUCCACGGCCACUAUAAGAACAUCAUCUUGUCCAGCGCUGCUCAGACCCACCGGCUGCGGAAGCUCCGAGGCCCUUCGAAAUGCCGAGAGUGUGAGAACUUUAUGGUCAGUGGCACGGAGUGCGAAGAGUGCUCCCUGACAUGUCACAAGAAAUGCCUGGAGACUCUUCUCAUUAACUGCGGCCAUCAGAAGCUACCGGCACGGGUGUCGCUCUUUGGGGUGGACUUCCCUCAAGUGCCACGGGAUUUCCAGGAGGAGGUGCCAUUCAUCGUGGUGAAGUGUACUUCCGAGAUCGAAGCUCGUGCCCUGGGAGUGCAGGGGAUUUACCGAAUCAGUGGCGCCAAAGCCCGGAUGGAGAAGCUGUGCCAAGCCUUUGAAAAUGGCCGGAGCUUGGUGGAGCUUUCGGAACAUUCACCUCAUGACAUCACAGGAGUCCUCAAACAUUUCCUUAAGGAGCUCUCCAGCCCUGUGCUUCCCUACAAGCUCUACGAUGAUUUCAUAGCCCUUGCAAAGAACUUGCAGAAGCCUGAAGGCGGGGCAGGAGACGAUUCUGAGAUGGCGGCAGAUCCCAUCAAGAGUGCAAAGGAUAUGCUAAGCAAAUUGCCAGCCACAAAUUAUAACACCUUACGGCACCUCAUCGCUCACCUGUACAGGGUGGCUGAGAGAUACGAGGAGAACAAGAUGUCUCCCAACAACCUGGGAAUAAUCUUUGGCCCCACACUCAUCCGCCCUCCCACUGGCAACGAUGUGUCCAUGUUGUGUCUUGUGGAGUCUGGCUAUCAGUCCCAGUUGGUUGAGUUUCUCAUCCUCAACUACGAAAAGAUUUUUGGGAUGGAUGACCUCCCUCCGACUGGAUUCUGCGAGCGUGAAAAUUCCUUGCGAGGAGGAGCGCCACGUGAAGGUCUUCCGGACAACGCACGAGAAAUGGAUGUUUCUUCAGAGAAAAUCCCCUCUGCGCUGCACCGGAAUGAGGACAACGGGGCAGCUGAGGACGGCUCAUCCACCGAUGCCAGCCACAAGCAAUGUACGGAGCAAACCCUCUCUCCCGUGAGCAGAGACAGCGUAGAGUUGAACUGCACGGAUGACGACGAAACAGAGGACUAUUCUCUUGACCAGGAUGCCGUUAUCGGUACACAGUCCAGAGCGCGUUUCAGCCGGAUGCCUGUGAAAUACACUCGCCCCUUCGUCCCCAGAGUAUCCAGCCUGCCCCGUCUGGCUGCUGCCCUGUCUGGCUCUGAAGCCGUAAGUGGCCUUGUGGAGAUGGGUUCAAGCAGCCGCAGUGCCUCGCCAGAUACUCGUGCGCGGCGCAAGCACUUUGAGAUCACCCCAGAGACUGCCAGAAUAGUCGCCAAGCUCCAGCCUCAAAAUGGAAACCAAGGCUGCCAUCAAUCUGAGGAGGCAACGCCACUGUAGGAAAAGACAUUGAGAGGACACAAGGAAGAGCUUUGAGGGGUUUGGAGCGCCGCAGAUUGGAUAAAAGGCUGGAGACCUGCGUCUUGGAGAGGGCAAUCCUUGCAAAAGCAGAAUAUCUUCGUGUCCCCAAAGGUACUCUUGAAAGUUGGCGAAGAAACAGCUCUGGGUGUUUCUCCUGCAAAUGCAGGCACUUGGUUCUCUCUCUAGACUGAACUGCCAUCCAGCUGUUUUCAGUGUAAUGUGCCUAUCUACUCCAAAAGGAAGUGGAAGAGACAGAAUUCAAACCGGUGGCUAAAAGCCUAGCGGCCCAAGCUCUCAAGGGGAGAGUGCAGAUGCUGGAUGUCGACUUCUGUGGCAUGGAAGGAAAACUAAAUACUCUUGGGAGUGUUCAGGUGGGGAAGGGGCAGGCAGCAAAACACUCGGAAUAGCAGGACCCUGCUUUGGGUACCCGGAGAGUUGCAAGCAUGGCAUAGCCGUAUGGGGAUGCAACCUACUUGAACAAUGUUGGAGCAGGGUGCAGCAAUGCUGGUAAGAGCCAGGAUGACUGUGGGGUGGGUUUUCAGAUUGGUCUGAACCCUUUUGGAAAGGAUUACUUGGCUGUGCUGUGCGGAGAAUAUAUAGCGGGGGACGGGGUUUGACCAGCUGAAUCUACUCUGCACUUUUGGGGGGGGGGGGGGGACUGCAUCCGGAAGGGUGAAUUCUGUGACCCGUAUAAAUUAUGCAAACAUGCAUGAAUCAUAUUUUGCAUAAUUUAGUCUGCUUUGAUGGUUAUGCAUAAUUUAUUCUGCUCCUGAUAUUCAUGGCGAAGGAGGCACUGAAACUUCAUCCUUAGUCGCUGGAAAUCUUAUUUAGCCAUCCUUCUGACUCCUGGGAUUUCGGCAAACAUCGCCUGCACCCUUUCAAAUAUUUCUUUGUAACCCUAAGGACUAGAAACUUCCUUGUUUAAAGAAAACAAAAUCGGAGACCAGGAAACUGAGUUCUUCUGAUUCCAGUAUUAUACUUAUGUGGAAUUGCAACUUACAGCCCGCUCCGGGAAAUCAGUCGUGUUCUGCCGAGAAUUUUGAGCAAAGGUGCUAAAUUUGUUCUUUGUUGUGGGAGUCAGGGCUCAUUUAGAGGGGGAAUGCACAGGAACCCAGUUCUAGCAGUUCCUCAAAGAGGUCACAUGUUAGGUAGCCCCGCCCAUCUGGGCCCGUUUCAGCCUGGAUUGGGGCCAAAAUGGCCCGGAUUGGGCCUCUGACAGGUGGUGGAUCACUCUCCCACUCAGCAGUGGGCCAAUCCUGACCAUUUUGGGCCCCAUUUCGGCCGUUUUCAGCCCCUUUUUGCUAUUUUGGGCCCAAUUUCGGCCCUGAAUGGCCAGGAUUGGGUCCAAAACAGCCAGGAUAGGUGAUGUCAGGGGGUGUGGCCUAUGCAAAUCAGUUGUGCUAAUGGCACACUUCUGGUGAUGUCAAGGGGCGUGGUAUAUGCUAAUGAGUUAUGCUAAUGAGUUCCUCCUGCUCUUUUUCUACUAAAUGACCCCUGGUGGGAGUGUCAAAGGGAAACAACACCCGUGGUUGUACAGGUGUCUGGCUGCAAGGGUGAACGGGAGGGUAGUUGAAAUGCUGGCAUGUUAUAAUGGCAGCACAGCCGCACUUUUUUUUUAAAGGCCACAUGCAUAGCUUUUAAUGUUGCACUUAUAAAUCUCAUAUGCAGGCGUCAUUUCCACGUUGAAAACUGCAUGUACGUGUCUAUGGUUCCAGAUUUAACCAGUACACAGAUGGGACUCCUCCAACCUUUCCCCUCCCAGGGACUAUAACUUGGAGCCUUCCUGACCCAGCAACAGAGGGUUGGAGGUGGGGGGGGGGACAUGAUUAGGAAGAGAAUGGAUAGGGGGAGCCACAGAAACCUCAUCUCCUGCUUCAAUGGAGAUGUAAAAAUCCAUGGAUAGUGGCUGGGCUGCAGUGUGGCACCCCUGCUUUUGUGGAAUCAACUGUAGAAUCAUAGGAUUAUAGGAUUGGAAGGGACCUCUAGGGUCAUCUAGUCCAAUCCCCUGCAUAAUGUAGUUACCUCCCGUCCUCCCCCAACACACACACCCAGUGACCCCUGCUCUGUGUCCAGAAGAUGGCAAAACACCUCCAGGAUCCCUAGCCAAACUGGCCUGUGGCAAAUUGCUACCUCACCCCAAGGUGGCGAUCGGCAUUACCCUGGGCAUGUAAGAAGUGGCUGGAAGAACUAAGCACUGAUGCAACCCUUCCUGCCCUCCCUCUCACGAUCUGCCCAGGUUCACAGGAUCAGCAUUGCUGUCAGGUGGCCAUCUAGCCACUGCUUAAAAACCUCCAAAGGAGGAGGGAACCUGUGGGAACCUGGUAGCUGAUGGGAUCUCCCCCCUUCUUUCUAUGUGGUGAAAUACAUGUGUGUCUUCCUCCCUUGUGUACAUGCUGUGUAUAUGCAGUUUCUUACAUGGAAAAUUCUGUGCACGCAGGGAGUUCUGUGUGAGCAAAGCAGCUCUCGGAAAGCUUGCGAGGUGCUCUAAUGGCAACAUGGGAUACCCCUGCACUGAAGCCCCCUAGGUCCCAAAGCAGCGGCGCUUACCUCCACUGUGAUCUAGAGACUCAUCGUACUGGUGUGCAACUAUGCAACAGUGCGGGCUGAACACCAAAGCACAACCUAUUUUGAUUACACACACACUUUUGCACUAAUGCAGGUACGCCUUUAAGAUUAAAGGGAUAUAGGACAACCCGUAAAUGCAAGAAAGCAAUAGAUGUUGACCUACGUUGGCUCCUACAGCCAAAGAUUUUUCAGCUUUGAGUAUCAUUACUGUCCUGCCCCUACACAUUUAUAGCUGGAGGCUAUAGAAAUAGCUUAUCAACUGUCCAUUGCUGCAGAACCUUUCCCAUUCUGCCAGACAGCCUUCCGUACCAGGGUUGUAUAUUCACUGUCAUCUUGUCUGGGUUAAGAAAAUGAUGCAAAUUCUUUCCUAGAGAGAGAGAGAAUUUUUUUUAAAAAAGAAAUCAUCUAGAAUUAAACAAAGGGUGGUCGGGAACUGCUGUGGUUUAGCCUUCCCACCUUCCACCCACCAAUCUGUAUUUAAUGUUUGAUACC